AUGUCAGCCAUUAGCAGCAGUCCCUUCUCACAGGAGAGCAGUGAAAUCUCAGAUGAAAUAUCAUUGCACCGCGAAAGUUUGAAUGAGAUGCUCAACUGGCAGGUCAUCACGCCACUUAGUUCACCCAGUGGUCUGCUCACCCCCAACACACUGAGCGGCUUAGGAGCUCUGAGCAACCAGAGCGACCCGUCCUCAUUUGUCACACCUACCCCACUGCCAGGAGCAGGGAAGAGGAGCAGAGUGACAAAUGAGGAGGUUCUGAAGUUGCCUCUUGAGUUUGGGUGGCGGAGAGAGACUCGGAUCAGGAGUGUGGCAGGUCGACUUCAAGGGGAAGUUCUCUACUUUGCACCAUGCGGGAAGAUACUGCGUCGCUAUCAUUAUGUGACGAAGUACUUACAUCAGAAUGGAAUAACUGAAAUCUCAAGGGAUAACUUCAGCUUUAUUCCAAAAAUUAAAGUUGGUGCCUUCUAUGAAGCCAGAGAAGGACCAGAGGGUCCUCAGUGGUUAUUACUGGCUGAGGAGGAGAUCACUGCCUUUAUCAUAGCCAUGAAUGCCCGCCCCACCCGCCGCUUGGAGGCUGAGCACCAGCCAUCAGGUGAUGAUGCUGGGGAACAACAAUUGAAUAAUCAUUCUCUAAACGUUGGAGAAAAUAACUUUCAAGACCUCAGCGAUGCCAGGGUGCGCCGAAAGCUGAAGGCUCAAGAAAUGGCUCGACUGUUAGCUCAGAGCAAAUUGAUCAGAAAACAGGAGGCGCAGGCCAUGGCACAAGCAGCCAAGGAGGCAAGGCAACAAGAAGCCAUACGAUUGGCUGAAGAAACCCGGAUAAAGAAAGAGCUGAACAAGGUUCUCGACCAACAGAGGAGAAUCGAGCGCAUUCAGCAAAUGCGAAUGGAAAAGGAACACCGUUCAAAGAAAACUCUAGAGGCUAAACGACAGAAGCAACAAGAAGCAGCCAAUGCCAGACAACUGGAGGCUGAAAAACAAAAAAAGGAAAAGGAGAUGGAAAGAAUGCGAGCUGUUAUGCUGAAGCAACAGGAGUUGGAGAGGCAUAGAAUAGAUAUGGUGUGGGGUAUGUUAGAGACGGAGAGACACAGGCAGCAGAUGAUCCUGAUGAAGGCUGAGGAGAUCCGUAAGAAGGCAGAGGAGAAAGAGCGUCUGAAGCAACAGCAGAUGGAGGAGAAACGGAUGAACAAGGAGAGGAAACUCCAGAUCAGGAGAUUGGAGCUGGAAAAAGCAAAGGCUCUAAAGAAGCCAAACGAGGACAUGUGUUUGGCCGAUCUUAAGAGUCUUCCAGUGCUCUCAAGAAUCCCUGGUCUGGUAGUGCAAGGAAGCACCUUAUCAGACUGCCUGGCGGUGCUGCAGUUUGUACACACCUUUGGAAAGGUCCUGGGAUUACAAAAUGUAAACGACCUCGACUUAAGAGUCAUUCAAAAGGGUUUCCUUAACACCGGGAGCAGUAUGGGGAAAGUAGAAGACCUGCUGGUGGGCAUGGUCUCCUCAGCCGUACAGGAUCCAGGGAUACCUGCAGGUCACAGGAGCAAAACCUGUCUAGGGCAACGCUUGACUGAUGUGGAGAUCAACAGAGACAAUGUGUCUGAGAUCCUGCAGAUCUACAUGGAGGCUCACUGUGAUCAGACAAAGUCAGCUGCUCUGGCCCUCAGUCUACGAACUAAAGCUUUUCAGGCCCACAGUCCAUCUCAGAAGGCAUCCAUGUUGUUGUUCCUUUGUGAUGAUCUCUGCUGCAGUAAAGCUGUGAUCAGUGAGAUCAACAAGAAGAUGGAUCACAUGGACAACUUGAGGAAGGAGAAGCGGGCUGUACAGGGAAAGCUCCGCAAACUGAGGAGCAUUUACACCAAGAGGACUAAGAAGGGAGACAGCAGUGUGGGCGGAGAUAACAGCCUCACCUUCGAUGACGACUGCGAGGACCAAGGAGAUGAAGAGGACGAGGAGGGAGAAGAUUAUGAAGGGGAGAAAGGGGCGAAAGCAGAGAUUUGUGAGGAGGAGGACAACUGUGUGAACUCUGCCACUAUGGAAGAGCUCGAGAAGCAGAUCGAGAAAUUAUUAAUGCAACAGAGUCAGAUCACACAGGAGCUGCUACGCUCCUCUCAAUCACAGCGCUCCAUGAUGAUUGGACAGGACCGCUACAAGAGGCGUUACUGGCUUCUCCCAGAGUGUGGCGGCAUCUUUGUUGAGGGCAUGGAGAGCAGCGAAGGCUAUGAAGAGUUGAAGGAGACACAGGAAACGGCUCAGGUGAUCCGAAUAAAGAAGAAGCAGCUGAAAGAGAUGGAGUGGGUGCUCUGCCCAACACCAGAGAGCCAGAAGGGCAAAGACGAUCUCAAAAUCUUCCUCAAGGGAGUGACGGGGAUAUCCCACAGCCCCCCGCCUGCAACCACUCUGCAGGGACCUGCAGGUGAAACAGAUUCUUCAGGGCCAUAUCCACUGUGUUCCCCCCAACUCAAAGGCAGCCCCUGGAUAACCUCCAGUCCCCAGCCUGACCUCCAGCUGACUAACCACACAGUCAACAAGCUUGAGAACCCAGAGGCCCUGUGUGACAAGCCACCUUGUGCCUUGUUUCCUGCUGUGGAGGCAGCUAAGGACUACCCCACACCUCAGCCCAUCCCUAAGGAGAUGCUGCACGGUUGGUGGCGAGUGUCAGACGUGCAGGAGCUACACAGUCUGGUGGAGGCGCUCCACAGUCGAGGCAUCAGAGAGAAGGUCCUACAGAAACAGCUCCAAGAACAUAUGGAGUAUUUGACCCAGCUCUAUGCCAACAGUGAAUAUGCGUUUGAUGUGGUGAAGCUGAAGAAACAGGAGGUGAGGGAGAAAACCGUGGCGAGUUGGUGUGUGGAGGAGCAGGCGAUGGAGGUGGACAUCCGCCUACUGCAGCAGGUGGAGGCUCUGGAGAGGAGAGUCGUCUUUGCCGGUCUGCAGAUCAAGGGCUGGAUGCACCCUAAGCCCCAGUCAAAGAGGGAGGAUCUGGUCUAUCGAGAGGACAAGCUCCUCUCUUCUCCAGCUCCCGAGAACACGUGGCAAAGAGGAACCAGGCGGCCUAACAAUCCUCUUGAUAUAGCUGUCAUGAGGCUGUCAGAGCUGGAGGAGAACAUCGAUCGAAGCAGGGAGGAGGAGGUGACUCCUGGGUUGAGCCUGUGGCACGAAGCCCUUGAAGAAGUCCGCAGCUCGGCUCAGCUGUCGCUCUGUAUUCAGCAGCUGAAGAAAUCCAUCGACUGGGACCGCCCCGUCAAGAGAGUGGUUAGUGAUGCCUCUUUUCUCUCGCUAUCAAAACUUUGUCACGGCUCUGAUAAAGGCUGCCACACCUACUGCCACAGGCCUAAGAUCCCCACAGUUCCUGACAGCAAAUGGUUCUGUCACAUUUGCGUGGCAAAAAAGAACGCUCAAUUACUCCGCAGUAGGAAGCAUCACAACCGAGCUUUGGGGGGAGGAAAGCGAGGCAGGGACGAGUUGGACAGCCGUGGGCCCUGUCCCAAAAGAGCCAAACUGGCCUAA